AUAACAUUACUGGUCGAGAUCCUUUUGGGUUCAGUAAAUUUGAUCCCCCAUGUGUUAACUUUACCACAUAUGAUAGAGAUAAUGACUUUGCUGAUGAUGCCAACUGUGCAGAAAUGUUAGGAGGGGGCAUGUGGUACACCAACUGUACUGACCUUAAUGUAAAUGGAUAUAAUGUGGUUAGCAAGAAGAAAUAUUCCAAGUCAAUGAAAAGGGACAAAGUUGAUAAUCCUCAUGAUUCCUUCAUACAUGGUAUGUGGUGGUACGGGUGGAAAAGACAAAUGAUGGUGACAUUAAAGAAAGUGGAAAUUAAGGUCAGACCUGUAAUGCAUACAAACUGUACAGCUGUCAGGCAUGCCUUAAAGAUUCCACAAAACACUACAUUUGAAGGAGUGUACACUAUUCAGCGUGACCCAAAGUUCCCAGGUGUGAAAAUGAGAUGCUAUUUUGACUCAGAAGGUGAUUGGAUAAUGAUACAGAGACGUACAGAUGGCUCAUUGAACUUUGACCUUGGUUGGAAUGAUUACUCUAAAGGAUUUGGCGAUUUAGAAGGAGAAUUCUGGUGGUUAGAGAACAUAUAUGCUAACUCAGAAAACUCUGUACUGAAAAUCGAGAUGUGGGACUGGAAGGGAGACUAUGAAUUUAUCCACUAUAAUGAUUUUAAAGUCCAAUUUAAUGAGCUUGACUUCAGCAAGCCUGACAUGGUAACAUUAAAACGGCCAUAUCUGAGCACAACCCACUUUAGCAUUGGACGGAAAACAAUUAAUGGUGUCUACCGCAAUCAUAACAGAAGAACAUCAAAUAUAUAUCUCAGUGAUAAAAUGAAAGGUAAUGCAACAGAUUGUUUUAUUAACAGCGAUCACUGGAUGGAAUUUUCAACAAAGGACUAUGGUAAUUACCACCAUCAAGCAAAAGUAUGUAACGGUGGAUGGUGGUACCCCUACGGCCAGGAUUCCAGAUAUGACUAUUGCAAAUGUGUACUAAAUGGUUUGAACACAAUUGCAGAAUAUUUGAGGAACAAACCAGAUGCUUCAAUAAGAUGGCCAGGACUUCCUUACAAGGUUCAUCUUACAAGAAUGAUGAUCAAAGUUAAAUAACUGGUGGCAAUUAUUGUUGAAGACAGAGGCAAUCAUGUUUUUAAACAUACUGUUAACCUGUAUAUCAGAUGAGCCACAAAAAGUGUUUACUGUAGGUAGUUGUUCACUACAUAAAGGGGAUUUUAUACAGGAGUCAAUGUAAAAUGUGUCUUGGAGUGGUGUUCACUAGAGAGAGGUGCUUACUAAGACAGGUACAUAUUUAAUAGAGAGAUUUCGC